UCAAUUCUCCUUGCCAAUUCCUAUCCCAGAACCCCUCCCCCCUCCAAACUUAUUUUUUCUAUAUUUUUAUUUCGGCAAAGCAAGGCACUAAUUUUCCUCUUAAAUUGACAGAAUUCGGAUAGAAGUAUUGUAUUAUAUUAAUUAGCUUUUUUGUACUAGCUAUUUCAAUAUUUUUAGCGUUGAUUUUGUGUAAUAUCUUUGAAGUGGCAUACUACUUUUCAUAGCGAAAUAACUGCCGAUGUAAAAACCUUUUGCAUUUUAUAUAAGUACUUUUUGAAGAAAAUUCUACUUACAAUCCAUUAAAAAAAGGCCAGCCAGGCGAUAUGAGGAUAUAAUGAAGCUGGUGCACUACUUCGCGCAGGGCUUUACUGUUGUAUCUAACGGUGACAAUAGAUUCAGGUCUAUUUUGUGACCAAUUUCGAUGAGCCAGCCUAAAUAUGUCCUUUGUCCUAUGUUUCUAUAUGUGUUGACGAAUUACUAUUUUAUGUUAAACUGAAAACUGAAAUAAUUGUAAAAAAGUCUCGACCCUAAUAAGUAUUAAAGGUACCGUACUUAGAUUUACUGAGAACUAAAGUUCAAAUUAGAAUUAUGAAUUGAAUUCUGUUAAAUAGGACUGGUGACAUAAUAUCAAGUGUAUCUACAAUUAAAGAGUAAAGUGUCCAAUUCACCUACAUCUGAGGAAUGAGGAUUGAGAUAUCCCUUUUGUCUAACUGGAAAAGGAAUAAUUUCCAUUUUCAUAAAUUUUCAAGGAAAUAGUCAGAUUUUAACACGUUUUCCUUGUUCCUGUAUGGUAUUACUUUAAAUCUGACAUGCCACUCCCGAAUAGAGGAUCUCCUAUGAUUUGGUCUACAGUCCCUUUACCAUAAACAGUGUACACACUGAACAGUGUAGCAUAGAGUUCUCGUGUAUUUAUGUACAGUACAGUGUGGAAUGUAUUUAUGUACAGUACAGUGUAGAAAGUGUUUAUGUAACUGUAAAUAUUUCAGAAGAAUGAACAUUUAGCUGAGAGUCAAUGAUAGUCUGUAUAGGUCCAACAGGAAGUGGAAAGACAAGUUUAUUGGAAUCUGUUUCUGACCUGAAACGACCCCCAGACAAGGAAACCCUGCCAACUACAGGAGUUAAUAUAUUCAACUUGGAGUUCAAGAAACCUGGAAACAAAACCAAAACAGUUUCAAUAAGGGAGCUAGGAGGUAUCCUAUGUCCACUGUGGAGCUCAUAUCUAGAAAAAGAGAUAUAUAUUAUCUAUGUUGUGGAUUCAGCAAAUUUGGGUCAAGUAGCCCAAGUGGGUUGCACUCUAGGCAAUAUUAUAGGUAUUCUAGAGAAAAACAGCGCACAACUACAGAGACAAGCAAAGCUUUGUGUUGUUUUCAGUAAGGUAGACCGAGGAGCCGAGCAGGUGGAUGUUAUCAUUCAUAAUACAAGUUUAAGGUUAUGUUUAAGUAUCUGUUAAAUGAAGGCUGAAUGA